AUGGACGGCGACACCAGGAGAUUGUCGUGGGUGGAGUCCACCGCAGCGUCUGGCUGCGACCUCCUGCGCUCGGUGCUGUCGGACAUGGGGGACAUGGUUUGCUGUCUGCCCGCCCUUGGCGUGGCCCGCGUGCUCCCGGACGCCGUCGUCACUGGCGUAUCCAGAGGAUCGGUUGGCCUGACACGCCCGCCCUCGAGAUGCGAGAUGCUCCCAGUUGCGUCGGGGAGGUACAGCUGGAGACGGACCAAGCCUUUCCCUGAGUGCGAGCGCUCGUUGGAGGUGAUCCAGGACACGCCGCUGCGGGUGCUUCUGAGCCCAGGCCCAGAGGUGGAGGCGGAUGCUUCGGAGGACUUCGUGCUCGUGGACGCAGGCGAGGCCGUGGAGGAUGGCACGCAAGGCUCGGACUUGACCCUUCCAGGGUGGCACCUGGUUUGA